GUUGGAAAGGAGACUGGGGGCUCUUUUUCCCCUCCUCUCUCCCCUCCCGAUUCAGGCAUGAAUGCUGAGACUUGUGUUUCUUAUUGUGACUCGACGGCUGCUAUGGACGCCUACUACAGCCCGGUCUCCCAGAGCCGAGAGACCUCUUCUCCUUUUAGGGCAUUUCCAACGAGCGACAAGUUCAGCCCCGCUUUCCUGGCCAGCAAAGGGCAAAGCUUUGGGGAGACCAAGUGCCGGGGUCGCUACACCCCGCAACAGGACUUGGUGGCGCCGCUGGAGAGCGGUGCGGGGCAGGCGCCGAGCGGCGCGGGGGCGCGGGGUUCUUUUAACAAAUACCAGCCGCCGCCACAGCCGCCCCAACCUCCGCAGCCGCAGCCUCCCCAGCCUCCGCAGCCGCCCCAGCCUCCGCAGCCCCAGCCGCCGCCGCCGCCGCAUCUCUACAUGCAAAGAGGAUCUUGCAAAACUCCCCCGGACAGCAACCUCAAGGUGCAGGAGGGCAGCGGCGGCGGCCACAACGGAGCCCUGCAGGUCUCUUGUUACGCCAAGGAGAGCUCUUUGGGAGAGCCUGAGCUGCCGCCCGGCUCGGCCCCGGUGGGCAUGGACAACAACUACCUCAGUGUGAAGGAAGCUGGGGUGAAGGGUCCCCAGGACCGGGCCGGCCGGACCGACCUGCCCAGCCCCAUGGAGAAGGCCGACUCGGAGAGCAACAAGGGCAAGAAGCGACGGAACCGGACCACCUUCACCAGCUACCAGCUGGAGGAACUGGAGAAGGUCUUCCAGAAGACUCACUACCCCGACGUCUAUGCCCGUGAGCAGCUGGCCAUGAGGACUGACCUCACUGAGGCCCGGGUGCAGGUCUGGUUCCAGAACCGGCGGGCGAAGUGGAGGAAGAGAGAGCGGUUUGGGCAGAUGCAGCAGGUCCGCACGCACUUCUCCACUGCCUACGAGCUGCCCCUCCUGACCCGAGCUGAGAACUACGCCCAGAUCCAGAACCCAUCUUGGAUUGGCAACAAUGGAGCCGCCUCCCCUGUGCCAGCCUGUGUGGUUCCCUGCGACCCGGUGCCCGCCUGCAUGUCCCCCCACGCCCACCCGCCUGGCACCAGCGGCGGCGUCUCCGACUUCCUGAGCGUCUCGGGGCCCGGCGGCCACGUGGGCCAGACGCACAUGGGCAGCCUGUUUGGGGCGGCCGGCAUCAGUCCCGGCCUCAACGGCUACGAGCUGAAUGGGGAGCCCGACCGCAAGACCUCCAGCAUCGCUGCCCUCCGCAUGAAGGCCAAGGAGCACAGCGCCGCCAUCUCCUGGGCCACAUGACAGGGCCACUGCCCCCACGCCUCGGGGCGCCCACCGACCGCCGCGCCGCUCCUGCCCGGCAGUGGUCCCUCCUCGUGCCGGGCAGCCCCGGGGGGUGGG